AUGUUCGGUUUACUCAAGAGCGAGGAGCCAAGGGAAACUGGAGAGGAUAGUGAUUCAGGAGAACGGAAUUACUUCCGUAUGGAGUCGAUUUCCGUUCCGUACGUUAAAGACGGAGAUUUUCAGUCGCUGAUCAGCUUAUACCCGAAGCUAAAGGAGUUACACUUGGAAGAGUGUUUGGAAAACGUUAUGUGGUUACCACAAGCGAUGGCUAGCCAUGGCUGUCUGGAGCAGCUGCUGCUGAAAUGCUCCUCCCUGACCUCCCUCACACUCCCUCCGCCGUUCUGUCCUCCUGACAAUCUCUCACUCCCUAAUCCUCUCAGAAGCCCUAAUUCCCUCACACCCCCUAAUUCCCUCACACCCCCUAGUUUCCUCACUCCUGCUAGCACAGCCUCACCCUCCGCUGCCACUGGAACCAUCGCGACCAAGCGAACCGACCUCCACCGCUUUGCACUCCCCCUCUCUCUCCGCCACCUUCACCUACAGUGCCCUUCGUUACGGUCACUCCCGGACUCCAUCACCCUCCUCUCCUCCCUCACUCACCUCAGCCUCGUCUCCUGCUCCUCCCUCUCCCUCCUCCCCCCCUCCAUCAACGCCCUCUCCUCCCUCACCUCCCUCACUCUCGACAACAUCCCCCUCCUCUCCUCCCUCCCUCACUCCCUCGGUUCCCUCUCCUCCCUCCUUUCCCUCCACCUCUCGUCCCUCCCAUCCUGCACCGAGUUACCAGAAUCCAUUGGGGAUCUCCACUCGUUACAAGAACUCUCCGUUAGUAACUUUGGAGAGCUACAGGAACUGCCGUCGUCCCUCUCCCGCCUCUCCUCCCUCCGCCGCCUUACCAUCGUCAACUGCGAUGAUUUGAUCGCGCUGCCCGAAGGUUUCGGUCAGCUUGAAAGUCUGGAAGAGCUGACCGUGCAGCAAUGCCAUUGGCUGGAGUAUCUACCCGCUUCCUCCUCCUCCCUCUCCUCCCUCACCCAACUGACCAUCAACGACUGUAACUGCCUCACUUGCCUUCCUUCCACACUUGGCCUCCUCUCCUCUCUCAAAUCCCUCAAACUAUCCGACCUCCUCCUCCUCUCCUCUCUCCCCUCCUCACUCUCUCACAUGAAUCACCUCACCCUCCUCUCUCUCCAUCGCUGCGACUCCCUCUCUAGUUUUCCUCCCUCUCUCUUCCACCAGCGGUCCUUGGAGCAUCUCACGAUAACCAACAUGAAGCACCCUGUUCUCUCCUCCCUCCCCUCUGACUUCGGCCUCCAUCUACCCCGUUUAAAGGAGCUCCGUUUAGCUGAGUACGAUAUUAACAUGAAAAACCGACCGAGGGUCAAGGCACUACCUCCCUCGCUCCCCCAGCUUUCCUCCCUUGAGUUUCUCUCUCUCGCCUCCUUCGCCCAUCUCUCUGCCCUGCCAGAAGACAUCUCCCGCCUCUCUUCCCUCCACACGCUAGAAAUCAAAGGCUGCUCCUCACUCACGGACCUCCCACCCUCGCUGCCCUCCCUUCCCUCCCUCACUCUCCUCCACAUCCACAAUUGCCCGCGCCUCUCCUCGCUUCCCUCCUCCCUCAGUGCCCUCUCCUCCUUGCAAGAGCUUAAGAUUGAGCAUUGCAGGAGUCUCCUUUCUCUCCCUCACUCCCUCCCGCUCCUCCCCUCCCUUCACACACUCGAACUCUCCUCCUGCCUCUCACUCUCCUCCCUCCCUUCUGACCUUUCCCUCUUAACCUCCCUUCACACACUCUCUCUCUCAGACUGCCACGCGCUUUCCAACAUGCCAUCCUCUCUCCCUCUCCUUCCCUCCCUCCACAAGCUCUCUCUCUCCUGCAGCGGUCUUUUGCAUCUUCCCUUGGAGUGUGCAUCUCUGCUGGGUAGCAGUCAGUCGGACAGUGAGAAAGGACUGUUGGGAAUGGAAGGAGGAGGAGACGAAGCACCAGCGGCAGAAGCAGCAGCAGCAGCAGCAGCAGCUGCAGCAGCAGCAGCAGCAGCAGCACCAGCGGCAGAAGCACCAGCAGCAGCAGCAGGAAAAGCAGAAGCGGUGGUGGUGUUGGUUGCAGGGAAGGAGCAGGGGGCUGACCCAAGUGGGGAUGCCGCAAGUAAGGAUGCCACAAGCAGGGAUGAUACAAGUAGAGAGGGUGCUACUACAACAGCCGCCCUCCCCACCACAGCCGCCCUCCCCACGACAGCCGCCCUCCCCAUGACAGCCAUCCCCACUUCACCUGGGAGUAAGGUGGUCUCGCUCCCCUCGUGCUUCCCGCUCCUGCCCCAUCUCACGUCUCUCUACCUGUUCGGAAUGCAACAGCUGCGCUCAAUUCCUUCCUCCUCAUACACUGAUGCUGGUGCUGAUGAUGAUGAUGAUGAUGAUGGUGAUGAUGAUGCUAGUGACGUUGGUGCAGCUGAUGAUGAUGGUGCUGAUGCUGCUGCUGCUGAUGCUGCUGCUGCUGCUGCUGAUGCUGCUGCUGAUGCUGCUGCUGAUGAUGCUGCUGCUGAUACUGCUGCUGAUGCUGCUGCUGCUGAUGCUGCUGCUGAUGCUGCUGCUGAUACUGCUGCUGAUGCUGCUGCUGCUGCUGAUGCUGCUGCUGCUGCUGAUGAUGCUGCUGCUGCUGCUGCUGAUGCUGCUGCUGCUGCUGAUGCUGAUGCUGCUGCUGCUGAUGCUGCUGCUGAUGAUGCUGCUGCUGAUACUGCUGCUGAUGCUGCUGCUGCUGCUGCUGCUGCUGCUGCUGCUGCUGCUGCUGCUGCUGCUGCUGCUGCUGCUGCUGAUACUGCUGCUGAUGCUGCUGCUGCUGCUGAUGCUGCUGCUGCUGAUGCUGCUGCUGCUGAUGCUGCUGCUGAUGAUGCUGCUGCUGAUACUGCUGCUGAUAUACGGGGACCUUAUGGAGUGGCCGAGCCUGCAGAAAUUGACUUUGAAUUUCUGUUUCAGCCUGGAGUACUUGCCGCCCUCGUUACAGUAUGCACCACAGUUAAGGGAAGCGCAUGUUCGGGAGUGUUUAAGUCUUAA